CUGAGUAAUAGAAACGAACGAAUUCUUUGCGCACGAUCGUCUAUGAAUGUAUGUGCGACAAGGACAACAAUAUGAAUAAUCGCUAACCCAUAUCUGUGUAUUGGACAGGGACAACAACAGGAAUAAUCGCAAAAAAACAAAGUUAAGAAACCCUUACGUGUAAAACAACAAACUGCAAGAAAGCUCUACUCAAGAUGUCUGCAAUUAGCAGCCGCAAUCAAAAAAUGGAACAACAGCGCCAGCUGAUGGACGCUUACAUUCGUCAGAAGCGCGCAUCGCCUGGCAUGGUGCAGGCCAGCGAUCUGCAGAUGAGCCGUCCGAUGUCCGGCAUGCGUAGCAACAGCCGCGAGCUGCAUGCCUACGAUGGGCCAAUGCAGUUUAUAGGCUCGCCACACAAUCCCGAUCAGAUAUUGAGCAACAACAGCCCAGGUGUUCAUCUAACCAGCAGCCUGAACUCGAGCCGCAACAACUCGAACAACUUGCGCAGCCUUAGCACCAUCAAUCAAGAAGACUUAAUCGAGGAGAUCUCGUCGCACGAGCUGGAGGAUGAGGAGAGCAGUCCCGUGACGGUGGUCGAGCAACCGAUCCAGCCGCAAAGCGCCAAUUCGUUGCAAUCGCAGCGCAUUCGCAGCGGCCAGCCACCGUUCAACGAGACGCUGGACGAGGACGACUAUGCCAAUCGCAACAUAUCGGGCGUGGCUGCAGUGCGUCCAGCCGCCAUUGCCUCGCCCUAUAAGGACAGCGCCGCCAUCGAGGGCAGCAACGGCACAGCCAACGGCAGCGGCAGCAUCGGCGGCAGCGGCGAGUCCGAGGGCGAUGUCAUCGGCAACAUUGAUCAGUUCGUUAUGCAGCCGGCGCCGCAGGGUGUGCUCUACAAGUGCCGCAUCACGCGCGAUCGCAAGGGCAUGGAUCGUGGCCUAUUCCCCAUUUACUAUCUGCACCUGGAGCGAGACUAUGGCAAGAAAAUCUUUCUGCUGGGUGGCCGCAAGAGAAAGAAGAGCAAAACAUCCAACUACAUUGUUAGCUGCGACCCCACCGAUCUGUCGCGCAAUGCAGACGGCUUCUGCGGCAAGCUGCGCUCCAAUGUGUUCGGCACAUCCUUCACGGUGUUCGACAAUGGCAACAAGGAGAGCACCGAGAGUCCACGACUCGAUCUGGCAGUUAUUAUCUACGACACCAACAUUCUGGGCUUCAAGGGACCGCGCAAUAUGACUGUGAUACUGCCGGGCAUGACUGAGGACGAUCAGCGUGUCAAGAUCAGCUCAGCGGAUCCCAAGCAGCAGGGCAUACUCGACUUGUGGAAGAUGAAGAACAUGGACAACAUCGUGGAGCUGCACAAUAAGACGCCCGUCUGGAACGAUGAGACCCAAUCGUAUGUGCUCAAUUUUCACGGUCGCGUCACGCAGGCCUCGGUCAAGAACUUUCAGUUGGUGCACGACUCGGAUCCGGAGUAUAUAGUCAUGCAGUUUGGACGCACGUCCGAGGACGUAUUCACCAUGGACUAUCGCUAUCCGCUGUGCGCCAUGCAGGCCUUUGCCAUAGCUCUGAGCAGUUUUGAUGGUAAAAUUGCCUGCGAGUGAAUCAAGAUCAAGAUGAGCCCUGGCAUUGAUAUAGAAAUGUUUACGCAUGCCUUAUUAUGCUCGACUAUGCAUACCCUAACUCAAGUUAAAUGCGGUCGUCUAGAAUGUAAGAAGUAUCAGAAGAGAAAGGGAGAAGAAGGCUCCUAUCAGGCAUCGGCUAUACAUAUAUAUAUAUAUGUAUAUGUUAUUCAGAUGUGUUAAUACAGCAGAGAGUCAAGCAUUAUUUUUCACGAAAUACCCUACAAAGACCAACAGCUCAACAAAAUACAAUUUCUUACAUUUUCAAUAGUUUUUCCUUCGCAAAAUGCUUCAAACUUUAGCUUGAUCCAGACUUAUUUAAGUAUUUUCUGUACAAAUAUUCACUUCAUAUGUAUAAUUUAGUAUUAUUUUAUGAUUUGAACAUAUAUAGUCUAUAAUUCUAGUCAGUCGAAGUGCGCGUCCAGUUGGCUUUGUCUAUUAUAUGAAUGCGGCACAGUAGGCAACAAAUCACAUAUUUCUAUAUAAAUAGACAUAUAUCUAAACAUAUUUAUUGUAAAUUACUAUAUAUAUAUAAAAUGUCUACUCACCGAUUUUGUAAACA